ACUCGACGUUGCCGAAUUCCCUUUUAUACCAAACAGCAUCCACCCACUGUUGUCAUUCCCCUUCUCUCCCAUCACUCUUGAUCUCUGACAGAGGAAGUACGUACUGCCUUCAAAACCCAUUCAUCAGACCACUCGCGCAUCUAUAUUUCCCCGUUCCGAAAUCAAUUCCUACACCCACCCACCCACAAUCCCAGAAUGCCUUCUAAGAAGAACGCAAAGGCGGCCACCGCCGUAGAGACACCAGCUCCCGCCACCACCGAAGCUAAGGAUGCCACCACAUCCGACAUGCCCGAGGGCCCCGCAGACGGGAAGAAGCAUCGCCGCGGAAGCUCCGUCUCGGAGAGUGUAGCCUUCAAGGCCGAGGAAUUGGCUGCCAAUAAGACGCAAAUAACAAUACACAAGGACGUUCCAAGACUCAAUUGGAAGAUGAACACCUCUCUCACAACAAUCGACGAGUUCAACCUCGACGUGCCACUCACCAACCCACCUCUGAAGGCUGUCUACAUCUGGUUCCCCAGCGGGAUUAAGAUUACUGCCCGGAACCUGAAGCAUGGCGUCACGAUAAAGGACGCCUUGAAAGCCAUCUACAAGCUCUACCAUAAGAAGGCCGACGACGAGCUGGACUUGCCGGUGCUGGACACCAUCGAGUGGACGCAGUUCUUCGCCGAAGACAGAGAGAACUGGGGGGCCGUCUUGGUGAAGCAGAAGAAGGAGCAGGCCCCUGUCACCAAGAAGAAGGCCAAGAACUGAGCAUGCUCAGGUCCCAUUUGUGAUGACCAAUGUUGUCACUGAGACAUUGUUGAUGCUUGCAUCACGUUUCUCUACUUUACCACGUGUGAUCGAUGGUCACUUUGGUUUUUGGGAGUUUUGGCUUUUGGUGUUUUUUCUCUUUCAUAUCUCUACUCUGCUCUGUUGGAAUAAUCCUUGGAAUAUAUUCCUCCAAUAUACAUCGGCUGCGGUUCUCGAGCAUUCG